UAGUCUCAACUAGUUUGCGACCUUAUUUGCUCUUCUUGCGAGUUUUCGCUCCUUUUCGAAUCUUCCCAGUCUAUACUCAAUAAACAACACCACUCAGUCAUUCUCAUUCAAACCAACAUCAUCGUCAACAUGCCUGGAACUCGCUCGCACAGGUCCAGGGGUAAACCGUCGCUCCUUAAUCGAUCAUCAACAAGGGGCAGUAGCAAUAAUGAAACUCGGGAAAUCAUCCAACAACUUGCCCGCGCUGCUUUGGUCUACUCUCUCAAGCGUCUGACCAGGCAAGACUUGGCCGAUAAAGGCAGCACAUCACGACAAAAUCUAGGGUCAAGAUCCGCUCAUGAAGACAGCCAAUCCCAAGAGCGCGACCGCGGCACAACAACCAAAGCACGAGACAGCAGCGGAGCUAGCCACCGCAUUGACCGAGACCGAGACGGCAGCCGCGAUGGCAACGACCUCCACGACGUAAUGGGUCAACUAGCCGUUGGCAUCCUCGGCUUUGGCAUCCGCCACUUUCUCCAUCAGCGCAAGAAAAAGGAAAAGGAGAAGAACAAGAUCAAACCACCCUUGUACGCCACCACUGCGGCAACACAAGGGCCACCACGGCGGCCGUCGGGUGAAUACCCAUACACCAGCUACGCCGACUAUCUGGCUGCUACCAGCAACCACACUGGAGCCAGCACCAGACCCAGAUCACUUCCCACCGAUGAUCCGGAGCCAGCAGCAAUAAGCCUAGCAACAACGCUUGAGUCACUCAAGAAGGAACUGCGAGCGACUUCAGAAGCACUGGCGGAUCUUGUCAAUAAGCCUCCAUCGCAGAAUAAGAAGUACAAUGUACAUGAAGCGUUGGCGAAGAGGGCAGAGGGCAUCAGGGUGUCGAUAGACAAUCUGGAGAUGGCGGUCAACAAUGUGAGGAAUCUGCAUCCUGAAAUCGAUGAAGACCGCGGUGUGGAUGGAGGGGUUGCAGAGGUAGAUGAUGGGGAGGGGAAGGAGAGAGGCGGUAAGGGUCAGAAAGGAAAGGGAAAGGAGGGUGAAGUCGGGACGGAGCAAGGUGAUGAGGACGGGCGGGGCGAAAAAGACGGUAGAAGUAGGGACCGGGAACGGGAAAGGGUGCGGAGGGAUAGGGAUGGUAGAAGGUGCUCUAGGGAUCGGGAGAGCAAGCCAAGGAGGUCGGUCGAGUUUGAGGAUGAUUUGGAUCGGUACGGAUAUUCUAGGGGGAGUGAGCGAAGGGACUACAGGCGAUGGAGGAGAUAAUCAAGGUAAUGUUUUGGUAUGGUCAAGCUGUUGACUAUGUCAGCUUUAUUUCUCUCCUUUUUUUUUUUUUUUUUUUUUCCCUUUUUUUUUUUUUUU